AUGCUGAACCCGAAGCAGAGGGUGCGGCCGGAGCGCCAGGUGGCCGGCACCACCAACCGCUGGCGCCUGUCGGCCAAACCCUUCACGCGGGACCUGCUGGCGCUGUCCCAGAUGUGCAAGGCCAUGUGCCUGGACGUGGACAACACGCCGCCCGCCCCGGACAGGCUGCACGUCCCCCAGACCCAGAAGAAUCGCUCCGGGGAGCUGAAGAAGGCUCUGCCGAGCGGGGACGGAGCCGUGACCCUCGAGUGCCUGGGCUUCCAGUGGGAGCUGCACCUGCCCCAGCUCUUCCAGUCCCAGACGCUGGCCAAGCUCUACGUCUCCGCCCUCAGCGGCCCCCCCGCCGGCCGCCCGGGGGACCUGGAGCGGGUUCUGACCGGGCCGUCAGCUGAGAAGGCCCGGGAGCGGCCCCCCGUGAAGAGGCUCACCAUCGCCCUGAGGAUCAACGACCCGCUGGUCACCAAGCUCGCCUUCGCCACGGCGCUGAAGAACCUGUACACCAGCCAGGUGGAGCUGGGCCUGGACGAGGUGCUGGGGGUGCUGGCCUCCGCGCACGCCCUCCAGUUCCGCAGCCUGUUCCAGAGGUGCGUGACCAUCAUGGUGGACGGGCUCUCGUCCAGCAACGUGGCCAGCUUCCACAUGGCGGGCUGCAAGUACAAGGAGCAGCCGCUGAGCGCCGCCUGCGAGAAGUGGAUGGAAAUGAACCUGGUGGCCGAGGUGGGACGGCAGAUCCACCUGCAGAAGAUCCCCAAGGAGCUGCUGCUCACCGUGCUGCGGUCGCCCAGCCUGUUCGUGUUCAGCGAGUUCCACCUGCUGAAGACGCUGCUGCUGUGGGUGUACCUGCAGGUGACCCCGCGGCUGCUGGCCUUCCCCACGCUCGAGGCCGUGCUGGCCUUCUUCAGCAGCUCCCCCAAGAAGCCCUGCUUCCUGGACCAGGACGUGGAGUGCGGCUUUGCAGAGAUCUUCCUCUGCCUGCGCCUGCACGGCAUCAUCCGAGGCCAGGACCUGGACGUGCUGAGGCACCUGAACUUCUUCCCUGAGUCCUGGCUGAUCCGGGUCACCGCCAACCACUACCACGCAAUGGAGAGUGGGGGCGACAUGGCUUUCGCAAAAGAUCUCACCCACCAGGCGGUGAGGUUCGGGCUGCUGUUCUACAAGGAGUUCUCGGCGUACUCGGAGAUGAUCGCCAUCUACGGCUUCUUCUUCGCCAUGCGGGGCGUCCGCAACAACAGCACCUCCUACAGCUUCUACAUGCAGAGGAUCCGGCCGGCGGACGUGGGGUUCCCCUCUGAGGUCUGCGAGCACGGCCUGGUCAGCCUGCGGCCCGAGCGCCUGGUCAGGUACGAGAUCCGGGCGCAGGCGCUGGUGGGCGGCCGCUGGCAGCAGUUCGGGACCCGGCCCGUCCUGCAGAAGUUCCGCUUCGUCAGGCCCCACUGCAGGAGCCAGGUCUUGCAAAUCCAGACUACGGGCAGCCCGAUCUACGUGAGCUUUUCCUUCAUCUUCCCGGCAUCCUGA